AUGGAGAUGACAGAGGAUGAUGAUGGUAGUGUUAGUGGCCUGAUGAAGUUGGGAUGUUGUGUUUAUGUCCAACUGAAGAGGAAAAGAGAUGUCGCGCAGGAUUCUGAAUCGGGAAUGACGCUGCUCGGAGCCGCAGCUUAUGUAAUCGAGACACAUAUCAAACAUAAUACAACACAUCAACACAUCAUCACCAAGAAACCCGGCAACACAGGAAGGGUCACCAAGACCAACGUUAUGGGAUUUGCCUCUUAUACCGUCGAAGACUUCCCUAAGCCGUGGCGCCAACAAGGUAGUUAG